AUGUCGAAUACUUGGGACGAUGUAUGGGCAUCAGACAGUGAUGUCGAAACUGAACGAUCUCCAGAUUUAGUGAAGUUAAGAGAGAAUCAUAGCAAGAGGGGGUACUUGGACGGAAUAGUGAGUUCUAAAGAAGAAAAGCUGCAAGAGGGUUUCAAUGAUGGUUUCCCAACGGGCGCUAAAUUAGGGAAACAAGUUGGCAUAAUUAUGGGGAUUUUACUUGGCCUACGAACACGUUUUGGUGAUGAAGAUGAGGACCUCAGUAAGGCAUAUAUUGAUGCUCAAAAAGAAUUACGCAUUAACAAAGUACUUAGUAAGUCCAUAUUUGAUCCAAACUUUGACUUGCAAGAAAAACAUCCGCUCAUAACAAAAUGGACUGAUAUUGCCAAUACCUAUUGUGAAAAGUACCAUGUGCCAUCUAUCCAAUAA